AUGACAAACACCGAGUGGAGGGCGGAAGUUCAGCGACGGGAGGCUGUCACCGCCGACCGGCGGAACAGGGCAAUCGCCAAGAAGGCCCGUGACAACGCGGCGCGUGCGGCUGCGGCUUCGGCGGACCAAGCCGAGGCCGAGGCGACUCGCGCGGGGAUGAUGAAUCCACCCGGCAGCCACGCCCAGUACGCGCCCUGGGGCCAGCAAGGUGUCGGCUCUCCGUCGCCGCAGCCAUGGGGAUGCAUGCCCUUGCCGGGCUACGCCGACGGGGACGCGCACGGUGGGUUCAACCUCAACGUCACCUUCCCCCAUGGACACCCGGCCCAGCGCACGCCCUCGCCCGCCUUCGCCGGCGUGCAGUACCCUCCAUACAACUACUCGUCGCCCGCCUACGCGUCCUCCCCGACGCCCCUUCUCUGCCGUGGCGCGCUGCCCUUCUCGCACCUCGGCGACACCGACGAGACCGAGGCCGACAUGGAUGACAUCAUCGCGACAGGUUCGGCCGCGGCCGCCGCGUCUCCCGGGUUCGUCACCCCGGACGACACGGUGGAUCUCAGCGGCGGCAUGGACGGCGAGCUCGGCUAUAAGAAGAAGCAGGCGGCCAGGUCCGGCGAGGCGCACAUCAAGUGGGCGUCCAAGGAGGAGGAAUGCCUCGCCGAAGCAUGGAAAGUCGUCUUCCUCGACCCGACCACCGGCACGAACCAGAGCAUCGAUACAUACUGGGAGUGCAUCAAGGCCGAGUUCGACGAGCGCAAGCUCGUCGACCCCUACUUUAAAGGCGUCUACAUGCAGCGCGGGGCAAAGGCGAAGGCGAACCAUUGGGGGUGUAUCCAAGGGGCGUGCAACAAAUGGCAUGGGAUCGUCGAGGAGGUCGCGGCUCGCCCGGAGAGCGGCGCCAGCGUUGAGGAUCAGGGCAACAACGACGCCGAAUUCAAGUACCUCCACGUUUACAAGCGCAUUGACAUGUGCGAGAAGUGGGCGGAAGUCCGGCGCACCCUCGACAAGGCCAAGGAGACCUACAAGCCGGACGCGCCUACUCCGGGCGCGUCAGAAGGGCGGCCGGACGGCAACAAAGGUGCCAAGAAGGGGAAACACGCCGACGCGGCCACCGCUCGAGUGCAGGAGUCCAUCCAGCACUGCCCCGCCGACGCACAUGCCCGGGGCGCCCUUCGUGAAGAGAAGACCGAGGCGCGGUGGUCGGCGUUGAUGUCGAGCAGCGCUGUCAAGCUCGACCUACUCCGGACCAACGUCGCCGCGAAGAAGAGAAACACCGACCUGGCUUUCCUGCUGGGCGGGGCGGACAUGCUCCAGAGCAACGACGAGGCGGUCAAGGCGUGGUACUUGGCGAAGCGUGGCCUCAUCCUGAACCAGCUUCCCUCGACGACGCCGCCCACGCCGACGCCGCCGCCAAGCCCGAGCGAUGAUGUCGCCGAGACUCCCCGCAGCACAGAAGCCACGCCGACGCCGCCCAGCACAGAGACCCCGCCAAGCCCGCGCACGCCGACUCCGCCGACGCCGGAGGCCGACCUCGCCGUCUGA